AUGCUUGAUAGUUCUGAAAUUGAUGGCCCGUUGGAAGGAACUCUCCUUGGAAUAACUGAAGAGGAGAGGAAAUAUCAGCGAGGAAGACUUAGAGAUUACGAACAACGACUGAUGAAGGACGUUGAAGACAGAGUACGUCUGGAAGAAAAGGUUCAUCACCUGGAGGAAGAAAGCAGCCAUUCCCCCUCGAAGUCAACGGCAUUUGCCAAGAGGGAGGACGAAAGUCUCGCUUCAGUCCUGCAAGAUGAACCGAAGGAAUUGUCAGCAGCCAGGAAAAGGAUCUCAUCGCUUGAAAUGGAGCUGGAGAUACUAAGAAAAGAAAGGACCGAACUCAAGGAGACGCUCAGUGCGCGAUAUCGAGAGGAAUGCCUGCUGAAGAAAUGGAUAAGCGAGAAAGUGGAAGAGAUAGACAUGUUAAAACACAUGAAUGAGGACUUGGCAAAAGCGAACGCAGAAACGAAGAGAGAGAACUCCGAAUUGUUGAAUGAAUUGGAAAAACUGAGACUUUCUGCAGGAAAACACAGAACACAAUUCUCUGAACGUCAAACCAAGGAAGACGAAUCGGAGGAGCUUCGGAAGGAACUUCAAAGGGAGAGAGAGAUUAAUGACUGCAUGAGAGACCUUUGCAAACUACAAAAAGGUCAAAUUGAGGCUUUGACGCGCCCAGCAGCGAUAGUUCAUUGCAGUUCAGAGACAAGAGAAACAACUCUGGUAACAGAAGUGACACAAAAGGAACGUCGGGAGAUAAGGAAGGAAGGGAAAGAUAAAAGUACCAUGGAGAAGAAAGGGGAGGCAGAGAAGGAACAAGCGAAGGAAUAUGAAUCAGAGAGAACUUUAAAAGGAACCAGUGACUUGAAAAGAGAGAAGAAGAGGCAGACCGAGGAUCUUGCAGAAUCACUGACAGAGGAAAUAUUAGCCAAGGACUGCAGUACCGAGGGUUUGGACAACAAAGAAGACACUGAUACCGGAGAGAAUGAGAAGGUUACAAUAAACUUCCGCGAAAGGGGAAUUUUUACUGAGGAUAUGGAGAACCUUGCUCAUGCAUUGAAGAAGAAAGGGGAGGCAGAGAAGGAACAAGAGAAGGAAUAUGAAUCACAGAGAACUUUAGAAGGAACCAGUGACUUGAAAGAGAGGCAAGAAGAGGCAGGAGACCGAGAUCUUGCAGAAUCACUGACAAAGGAAAUAUUAGCCAAGGACUGCAGUACCGAGGGUUUGGACAACAAAGAAGACACUGAUACCGGAGAGAAUGAGAAGGUUAUAAUAAACUUCCGCGAAAGGGGAAUUUUUACUGAGGAUAUGGAGAACCUUGCUCAUGCAUUGAAGAACAACGUUCUAAAUCUCAUAAGAAAAGUCUGGUUUAAGAUUCGCCAACAGAUCGAAAACGGAGGCAAAAGAAUUAGGAAUAGACUGGAAACUGUGUCAAGGCAAACCACUCUCAUGUCCUGCACACUCACGACUUCAGUGCGCAAUAACUCUGAGCGAAUGUAA